GAUUUUUUAUUUCUCAAGGAGUAGGUUGCAAGUAAGUACUAUGUAUGCAAGGACCCGCUUAUUCAUGCUUUUCCAUAUUGUUUGUUGGUUGUGUUAAUGUUUUCUUGCUAAUGUUGUUGUUGUUGUUGCCAUCCGUCGAGUCAUCUACUGUACAUUAUUCAUCAAACAAGGGGACCGACCGACCGAACAGACCGCACCAGACAGAAAGAAGGGGCCAAACAAAAAAGGAUUAAAGAGAGCUGAGGAAAGGCAGAAGAUCACACACACACACACACACACCAGAAAAAGAGACGAAAGAAGAAGGAGAAGAAGAAGAAGAAGAAAGAAUGACUCUAGACUAAGACACAAACAACA